AUGGAAGAAACUCUGAAGCAACGAGGAAAAGAAGUGGAGAACGAAGACACCUCAACCACUUCUAAAGAACGUGCCAUUUCUCCAUUUGAUCUAGUUCCCACUAUUACCAGGUCGGAUACAAAGGAUUCAAUUGACAGAGAGAAAAGACUAGCUCUGAUCAAAGCAUGGGAAGAAAGUGAAAAAACAAAAGCAGAGAACAGGGCAUAUAAAAGGCACAAUGCUGUUGUGUUGUGGGAGAACAGUAAGAAAGCAUCGGCGGAGGCACAUCUGAAGAGAAUUGAGGAAAAAUUGGACAGAAACAAGGCGAAGUGUGUGGAGAAGAUGCAAAAUAAAGUUGCAGAAAUUCACCGAACAGCAGAGGAGAAAAGGGCAAUGAUAGAAGCUUACAAGGGAGAAGAAUUUCUGGAAAUAGAGGAGAAAGCUGCAAAGUUUCGAACUCGUGGAUAUUCGCCCAGGAAAUUUCUUCCAUGCUUUGGCAGUUAA